AUGGAAUGGGUCAAUGAGACUGUGGUGAGAGAGUUUGUCUUCCUGGGCUUCUCCUCUCUGGCUGGGCUGCAGCAGCUGCUCUUUCUUGUCUUCCUGGUCGUCUACCUGUUCACUCUGGGCACCAACGCCAUCAUCAUUUCCACCAUCGUGCUGGACAGAGCCCUCCACACUCCCAUGUACUUCUUCCUUGCUGUCCUCUCCUGCUCUGAGACUUGCUACACCUUCGUCAUUGUACCCAAGAUGCUGGUAGACCUGCUGGCCCAGAAGAAGACCAUCUCCUUCCUGGGCUGUGCCAUCCAGAUGUUUACCUUCCUCUUCCUCGGCUGCUCUCACUCCUUCCUGCUGGCGGCCAUGGGUUAUGAUCGCUAUGUGGCCAUUUGCAAUCCACUGCGCUACACAGUGCUCAUGGGGCCUGGGGUGUGUGUGGGCCUAGUGGCUGCUGCCUGUGCCUGUGGCUUCACUGUCUCCGUGGUCACCACCUCUCUGGUGUUUCACCUGCCCUUCCACUCUUCCAAUAAAUUACAUCACUUCUUCUGUGACAUCUCCCCUGUCCUCAAGCUGGCAUCUCACCAUUCCCGCCUCAGCCAGUUGGUCAUAUUCAUGCUCGGUGUGUUUGUCUUGGUUAUUCCACUGUUACUAAUCCUGAUCUCCUACGUCCGCAUCAUCUCUGCGAUCCUGAAGAUCCCUUCCUCUGUUGGACGAUACAAGGCCUUCUCCACCUGUGCCUCCCAUCUCAUUGUGGUAACUGUUCACUACGGUUGUGCCUCUUUUAUAUACUUGAGACCCAAGUCCAAUUACUCUUCAAGCCAAGACACUCUAAUAUCUGUGUCUUACACCAUUCUCACCCCACUAUUCAAUCCAAUGAUUUAUACUCUGAGAAAUGUAGAAUUCAAAGCAGCCAUUCAAAGAGCAAUGAGCUGGAUUUCAAAUCCUUUUCAUUAG